AUUGUCAACAAAAACAUUCAAAAUUUCCACAAAAAACAUCAAAUUUCCCUAUUUUUCUUCGAAAAAAACAUUUUUCAAGACCAAAUUUCACGAUGGGUUGCGAUGGAGGAACGAUUCCACGUCGAGAUGAGCUCGUUCGAACUGCAAAAAAGCCAGAACAGAAAGAUAAAGACGCUGAACGAGUCUUUCGAUGGAAGCAUUGCGCUUUGACGCAACAAAAAUUGCAACAACCCAUCGUCAUGGAUGGUCUCGGUCGACUCUACACGAAACAAAAUGUUAUCGAAAGUUUAUUGGAAAAAGAAUUACCUGCAGAUUUCCAACACAUCAAAUCCUUGAAAGAUAUCAAAGACUUGAAUUUGACUCCGAAUCCCGCAUUCAACGCUGAAGCGAACGCAAAUGAGACUUCGAACGAUGUUCGCAAUGCUCCUUUUAUUUGUUCCCUCAUCGGCCUUGAAAUGAGUGGAAAAUUCCGUUUUGUUGGCUUGUGGACUUGCGGAUGUGUGAUGUCGGAACGCGCAUUGAAGGAAAUCAAGGCAAAUAGUUGCCCAAUGUGUCAAAUUCCCUUCAGGGAGGAUGACGUCGUUGUCUUGAACGGCACUGAGGAAGACAUGGAUUUGAUGCGGGUGCGAAUGGAAGCUCGUGUCGCACGAAUUAAAGCUGAAAAGAAGGCCAAGAGUGAGAAAAAGAUCAAAACUGAGGUCAAACAAGAACCAGGAACGCCUUCAUCGUCUUCGGGGGUGAAGGAAGAAAAAGCGGGAACAUCAAAAAUAACAAAAUUAUCAAUUGCACCGCCAGUUUUGAAAGGAUUGAAACGCGAAAUCAUCAGCGAUAAGCUCGGAGCGGACCCAAGAGCGAAAAAAGUCAAAGCCGAUUACAGCGUCAAUAAGGACAGUCAGGCGUCGGAAGUGUACAAAUCGAUUUUCACCUCUCACAAGACAGAAAAGGAACAACAAAGAGCCCAUUGGGUCACUUAUAAUCCAUUCUACAACUAAUUUUAAGGCUUAAUUGUAAAAAUAAACAAUUUUAAU